UAUUUAGCCCUCUCAGAGAAAGUGACGGCCAUCAUCCUUUUAUGACCCUCGACAGACAAUCACAUUACCCUCCUCAUCCUCUCUGUGAUUAUGUGACUUAAGGCCAUGAUUGCACCGACCUUUAGCACACCACAUGGCUAAUUUACUGAUUCAAAGCGGCCCCCCUCUGCAGGCACACAGGUGUCGCCUGUGUUUACAACACUCUGAUGGACUUUACUGCAGCAUUUUGGCCAUGUAAGAGGAAACAAGUCAAUGUUGACCGUCCAUCAUGAGGGUCAUUUCGAUGCUGCUGAUGGUGGGAUGUGAUACUCAGAAGGACAUUUCUCUUCGAUCAUUAACGGUGGAGCUCCCACUUAGGAUGUCAAUGAAAUUACAUUACGGAAACCUUGAUCUGACUCUUCAGCAGAAAUACCAACUCUAAAUUCAGUAUAAUGACAAACAGCAGGUCUGAAUCCACCAUGAAGCCCAUAAUGAAUCACAUCUGGACAAGAGUCUUCUAGCACGUCCACAGAACCUCUGCUCUCUCCCGGAGGAGCCAUUCAGGAUGUGCCUCAGAAACCUGACGCCGUCCCUGCCUCCACCAGCUCCAGACCUAUCAAACCCACACUCCUGGUGUCUCGCCUCUACCAGCCUGCAAACCUGCGGGAUGUUGGUCCAUACGCCCAACUGCAAGGAGAGGUGACGUGUAAGAGCCAGAGGCUCAUGCAGUGGGCUGGGCUGAUCUAUCCAUCCAACCAAGGGUGUUACUACUACCUGCCUGCCACUUCUCCAUGGAGAAGCUGAUCACACGGAAAUUCAGGGACAAACUGAAGCCGAAGUUUGGUCUUCUUCGAGGGUGGGAGUUCUACGUGAAGGACAUGUACUCAUCUGAUGUGAAUGAAGAAGCAGCCUACAAGACCUACGAGUCUGUGUGCUUGGCGUACACCAGGCUGUUCACCCGGCUGGGUUUGCGUUGCGCUCAAGUGCAAGCAGACACAGGCAACAUUGGCGGUAAACUGUCCCACAAGUUCCAGCUGUUGGCAGACAUUGGGGAGGACCGGCUGCUGGUCCGUGGAAGCUGCUCCUUCUCGGCUAACAUAGAAACCCUCUCAUUAGACAGGACUGAAUGUCCAAAGUGUGAAACUGACGUGGUGGAAUCAAAGGGAAUAGAAGUCGGCCACACCUUUUACCUUGGUAAAAAAUACCCUCAUGUUUUUAAUGCAACCUUCAGUAAUAAACAGAACAAGCCAUGCAUUGCAGAGAUGGGAUUUUACGGUCUUGGGGUGACCCGUAUUCUUGCUGCAGCCAUUGAGGUGAUGUCGACAGAGGACAGCAUCAGUGGGCCUGGCCUUCUGGCCCCUUACCAGGUGUGUUUUUUACCCCAAAAGAAGGGCAGUAAAACGGAUCAGGCAACGGUUUUAGCAUAGGAGCUGGUCCACACUUUGAGAGAGACUCUGCCUCGGUUGAGAGGUGAAGUUCUGGAUGACCGUACCCACAUGACCAUCAGGAAGAGGCUGAAGGAUGCCAGCAGACUGGGCUACCCGUAUGUUGGUGUGGUGGGACAGGGAGCUCUAGAGGAAACUCCAAGGUAUUAGGUGAUCUGUCAGCAGACCAUUGAGACCAUGUUUCUCAGUAAGGAUGGCCUGAUGGACCUCAUGGGAUGAGUAGAAACUAUAUGA